GUCGGACCAACCCAAUGUUCGACGAAACAGAAGACGCCACUAUGUCUGGAUCUGUCAGCACGCACGGCAAACCCAGCAGCAUGAGGGAAGAAACAGAGUCGCUGGAGAUGUCACUUGAAGACCAGCGUAAGAUCAGGAACCUUGCAAGACGCCUCACCGCAGACUCAACCAGAGGUUGGCAUGAUGGGAUGCCACCAAACCCUUUCACCAACACGGACAAUCCGAGUCUAGAUCCCAGUUCCCCCGAGUUUAACGCUAGAAAUUGGGCGAAAGCGGUGCUUCGAUUGACCUCGCAAGAUCCUGAGAGGUUUCCACAGCGAACAGCAGGCGUCUCAUUCCGGAGUCUUAGCGUUCAUGGGUAUGGCCGAUCAACCGCCUAUCAGAAGGAUUUUUUGAAUACGGUCUUGCAGGUAACCGAUCUGGUGGGUGGCUUGGUCAACCGAAGCGAUCGGAAGUUGCAAAUAUUGCAAGACCACGACGGGGUUUUGCACAGUGGGGAAAUGCUUCUUGUACUGGGAAGGCCCGGCAGUGGAGUAUCGACGCUACUCAAGACAAUCGCUGGCCAAACCAAAGGGCUGUCCUUGGACGAAUCCACAGAAUUUAAUUACCAAGGCAUCUCUUGGGACAUAAUGCACCGGAAGUUUCGCGGCGAUGUAACCUACCAAGCAGAAACGGACGUCCACUUCCCUCAUUUGACCGUUGGGCAGACUCUUCAAUAUGCGGCUCUAGCAAAAACACCCCGCAACCGACUGCCCGGAGUCUCCCGUGAGACCUACGCAGCUCAUCUGCGUGACGUGGUCAUGGCCGUGUUUGGAAUUUCCCACACCGUCAAUACAAAAGUGGGAGAUGACUACAUUCGCGGUGUGAGCGGCGGGGAGAGAAAGCGAGUUAGCAUUGCUGAGUUAGCUCUCACCCAAAGCUGUAUACAGUGCUGGGAUAACAGCACCCGUGGCUUGGACAGCGCGACAGCAUUGGAAUUUGUGCGAACAGUGAGACUUUCCGUCAAGAUGGCUGGAACGGCCGCAGUUGUGGCUCUAUACCAGGCAUCACAACAGGCAUAUGAUGAAUUUGACAAAGUGGCGUUGCUAUACGAGGGUCGGCAAAUCUACUUCGGCCCUGUUGAUCAAGCGAAAUCAUAUUUCACUGAGAUGGGCUACCAUUGCCCCGACCGACAGACUACAGCAGACUUUCUCACAUCCCUCACCAACCCCGUCGAGAGAGUGGUCCGCCCAGGUUUCGAAGCUCGUGUGCCUAGGAGCCCUGAUGAGUUUGCAAAGUGCUGGAAGGAGAGUCAACUGAGAAGUGCUCUUUUGAAAGAAAUCUCCGUCUUUGAAAAGGACCAUCCCAUCGGAGGACCCACAUUGGAGAAGUUCGAGCUCUCCAGGAAUGCGGAGCGAUCUCCGUUAAUGACCACCAAUUCACCUUACACGAUCUCUGUCCUGCAACAGAUUGCCUUGUGUAUCCGACGAGGCUAUCGCAGAAUCCUCGGCGAUCCAUCCUUCUUUCUCGUGACAGUGCUGGGCAAUUUCUUCCUUUCACUCAUCCUUGGCAGCGUUUUCUACCACCUCUCGGACUCGAGUGCAAGCUUUACCGAUCGAUGUAUUCUCCUUUUUUUUGCCUUGCUCUUCAAUGCACUCAACAGUACCCUCGAGAUCUUAGCGUUGUAUGCCCAACGGCCCAUUGUCGAAAAACAUGCAUCGUACGCCUUCUACCAUCCAAUGUCGGAAGCAGUGGCGUCUAUGAUAUGUGACCUUCCAUGCAAGGUUCUCUCGACACUGUCCUUCAAUCUGCCGUUGUACUACAUGUCUAAUUUGCGGCGCGAUUCUGGCCAUGUGGUAAUUUACCUGCUGUUUGCAUUCAUGUCGACCUUGACUAUGUCGAUGAUUUUUCGCACCAUUGCGCAAAUGACACGUACAAUCGCUCAGGCCCUCACCCCUAUCGCCCUGGGUGUUAUUGGCUUGAUAGUGUAUACUGGAUUUGUGCUGCCUACUCGCAAUAUGCAGGUGUGGUUGCGCUGGCUCAACUACAUCAAUCCGAUUGCCUACUCGUACGAAACGCUUGUCGCGAACGAGUUUCAUCACCGCGAAUUCGAAUGCGCUAGCUUCGUUCCAUCCGGCCCGGGUUAUGAGAAUAUCUCCAGUACAGAGAGAACUUGCGCUGUGGCUGGGGCAUCUGCGGGCUCAAGCGUGGUCAGCGGAGACGCGUACGUUGAGGAAACCUAUGGGUAUUAUUACUCCCAUACCGGGAGGAACUUUGGCAUUAUUAUAGCCUUUGUCAUCUUUUUCAUGACAACGUACCUUUUUAUCGCCGAGUUUGUCGUGUUCAACUACUCCAAGGGAGAGGUACUGAUAUUCCAGCGCAAGCACAGAGGGGCUCUCAACAGCAGAAACUCUACGGCCGAUGAGGAGUGCGGUGCUGAGAAGAUGACCACGAGCGCAGAUCAUCAAUCGAUGGAUAAUCAUGCAGGAACAUCCGAGGAAAAGACCAUCAACUUUCAGUUCGAGUCGAACACUUUGCACUGGAGAGAUGUGUGUUACGAUGUGCCCAUCAAGGGCCAAAUGCGACGUAUCACCGAUCAUAUCGAUGGAUGGGUAGCCCCUGGCACUCUUACCGCAUUGAUGGGAGCUUCAGGCGCUGGAAAAACCACCCUGUUGGACCUUUUAGCGAGUAGGGUCAAGACCGGUGUCAUCUCGGGUAACGUCUGUGUUAAUGGAAGUCCACGAGACCCUUCUUUCCAACGGAGGGUGGGAUACGUUCAACAGCAAGACGUCCAUUUGGAGACAAGCACCAUCCGAGAAGCUCUUCAGUUCAGCGCUCUCCUUAGACAGCCGGCCUCUGUAAGCACAGCCGAAAAGUUACAAUACGUCGAGGAGGUCAUUGAUCUGUUGGAAAUGCGACCGUAUGCUGAUGCUGUUGUUGGCAUUCCCGGAGAAGGUCUCAACGUGGAACAACGAAAGCGGUUGACGAUCGGUGUUGAACUUGCUGCAAAGCCAGACCUGCUACUAUUCCUCGAUGAGCCAACGUCGGGCUUGGAUAGUCAGACGGCGUGGUCUAUCUCUUUGCUCCUACGCAAGCUGACCGACCAUGGCCAGGCCAUUCUGUGCACAAUCCACCAGCCUUCGGCAAUUCUCUUUCAACAGUUUGAUCGGUUGCUCCUCCUGGCUAAAGGCGGCCGUACAGUCUAUUUUGGGCCGAUUGGGAAAAAUUCAGAGUCCUUGACUGGGUACUUUGAACGACACGGUGCUAGGCCUUGUGGGCAAGAUGAGAACCCUGCUGAAUGGAUGUUGGAGGUCAUCGGUGCUGCUCCAGGGAGUGUACCGGUAUGCGACUGGCCAGUGACGUGGAAAGAGAGUCCGGAAUACACCGAGACCCGAAAGGAGCUCGAGCGGCUUGAGAAGCCUAACUCUUCAGGACCGGACACGGUAAUUGGCUCAGCUCAGCAAUAUGCGGCACCAUUUCAUAUCCAACUGUGGUUAUGCACGAAGCGCGUCUUUGAACAAUACUGGCGCUCUCCAUCAUAUAUCUAUGCGAAGCUAAUACUGUGCUUCGGAGCAGCCUUAUUCAUUGGUCUUUCGUUUUUGAAUACCAAGGUUACCGUCCUCGGUCUCCAGCACCAAACCUUUGCCAUAUUCAUGCUGCUUGUCAUUUUUGCAUUUCUUGCCUAUCAAACCAUGCCCAAUUUCAUCAAACAACGUGACCUAUACGAGGUUCGCGAGCGGCCCGCCAAGACAUAUGCCUGGUCGGCUUUCAUGUUGGCCAACAUCAUCGUCGACGUUCCCUGGAACUCUUUUGCGGCGGUAUUGAUCUACCUCCCGUUCUACUAUAUCAUCGGGAUGUACCGGAAUGCCGAGGAGACCCAUGCGUUGACUGAGAGGAGCGGUCUCAUGUUUCUGCUUAUCUGGUCUUUUAUGAUGCAUUGUGGCACGUUCACAAUCAUGGUCGUUGCGAGUGUGGCCACAGCUGAAGUUGGGGCCACCCUAGCACUCUUACUUUUCUCCAUGUGUCUCAUUUUUUGCGGUGUCAUGGCAAGUCCGGCAAGCCUCCCCCGAUUUUGGAUCUUCAUGUAUCGGGUGUCCCCGAUGACCUACCUUGUCAGCGGGAUGCUUUCGACGGGGCUAGCGAAUGCCGAGGUUCAGUGCUCGAGUUUGGAGCUUAUUGUCAUACAGCCUCCAAGCAACGAGACCUGCGCCAGCUAUCUGGCCACAUACAUGCAAUCCGCCGGAGGUGCAGUUUACAACCCGCAGGCCACUGCCAACUGUGAAUACUGCGAGAUGACCAACUCGAACGUGUAUCUCGAACAGCUCUCUGCCUCUUAUAGCGAUCGGUGGCGCAACUUUGGUCUUAUGUGGGCAUACAUUGCAUUCAAUGUGUUUGCUGCAUUAUUUCUGUACUGGUCUGUGCGAGUGCGAAGCGGCUCCGGCGCGUCCAUUUUCAGCCGGUUGUCCAAGUUGAUGGCAGGCUCGACAAGACAGUGAAAGCUGUCGAUUGGUGAUGAUUGUUGGCUGCGACAGAAAUUCUUCCAGUCACUUACUAAUGGCCCAGAUGCCAUGCUUGGCCAUGAUUGGCCCACAACUUCCCUUUCUGGUUGUAUUUUGAUAUAGAUUGUUUGCUCUUGUUUCACCGUGUCUUUUGCUCCCUGACCGUACCCCGCGUUCUUUUUCGUUUUGCGUUCCUACCCUUCUUUUCCGGAUUCCCCUUGUGGGUCUCAUUUCGAUCUGCCAUAGAUAUAGACAUAGAAGGCAC